AUGGUCACAGUCUUCAGCACUCCAAACAAGGAAAAUUUUGUUUUUGACAGUUAUCUCCUUGCACGAAGGCAUGACACAUCUGAAGAACAUCUUGGUGCGUUCUUUAUUGCAGACUUGGUUAUUGGGAAAGACUUUGCCACACUUUCCCAUCUCAGGCUCUACUUGCAAGAUCUCUUGAGCACCUGGUUGCUUGCAGACUGCACAGUCAACGACAACUGCGAGACCAGUCGGGAUGAAAGCCAACAAUACGCCACAGAGGAUGAUGGCAAACUUCAUUUCAAGAGUAUUUUUGAUGGCGAAAGAUUUCAAUGA